GUCUUAAAAUAGCCCCGAUCACUGAGCUACACCUCACACACUCACACACACUCUCAGUAGGAACACAGAGAUUUGGGAAUCACACUAAAUUCUACCUGAAAGAUUCUGAACAUUUCUACAACUACAGUGAAUUCUGAAGACUCAGGAUGCAAAAGAUUAUCAGACCAGAAUACUGCCAACCAGCAAAAACUCUGUGGUUCGAUCGCAAAAAAUACAUUACUGUGAACUUCCUGGUUCAGAAGGCGACAAAUGUUCAAAUCGACAUCCAGGACACCAAAAUGAUCCUAAGCUGUAAAGAUGACGACGACAACGACAUCUAUAACGAGAUCGAAUUUUAUGAUCGAGUUCAGAAAAAAGAUUCCAGGGAGAAGGUACAUGAUCGGACCAUUAAUGUUCUGAUAAGAAAAAUGAAGGACAACGUAGCCUGGCCUCGUCUCACUAAAGACACGGCUAAGCCAGCCUGGCUAUCGGUAGACUUCGAUAACUGGAGAGACUGGGAACAUGAGGAGGAAGACGGCCAGGCCGAGUUCGAACAGUACAUGGACAUGCUGAAUGAUAUGAAACAGACGGGAGAGCCGCCCAGCAUGGAUGACCUUGACUUCGAUAGCGACUGAGUGACUCCAUCUUCUGAAGAUUUUUCAUUCUCUGCAAGGCUCAGGAAAAUAAUUCAUUGAAAGUAUUUUGUACUGAAUGUAUUAAGUAUAAAUAAUACAUAUGGACACAAAUGUGAUGUAAUUUUAUGAAAAAAUUAACAACGUGUAAUCUUACUGCCUACAAAUGGAUUAUUUUCCCUCAAGUUCGAUUUGUUUUUAUACCAAAGCAAUUUACUAAUAAUUGUUUUCUUAUUAUAUUAAUGUAUACACGUUAAGAACACAUACGUUUUGUGGUACAUCCAUGAAACAAUUAAAUCUGUAUGUCCUUCAUCCUUUCUAUGGAGUAAAGCUUCAUGGUACAAAUUUAAUUCUGACCUUUGCAUAAGCCAGACACUGGAGAUUCCACCCAAAUAAUCUGGUCUAUCGUGUGCCCUGUCAUCUGGUCUAUCAACUGGUCUAUCAUCUGAUCUGUCGUCUGGUCUAUCAUCUGGUCCAUCAUCUGAUCUGUUGUCUGGUCUAUCAUCUGAUCUGCCAUCUGGUCUAUCAUCUGGUCCAUCAUCUGGUCUGUCGUCUGGUCUAUCAUCUGGUCCAUCAUCUGGUCUGUCUUCUGGUCUAUCAUCUGGUCUGUCGUCUGGUCUAUCAUCUGGUCUGUCGUCUGGUCUAUCAUCUGGUCUAUUAACUAUUCUAUCAAUUAGUCUAUCAUAUGGUCUAACAUCUAGUCUAUCAUCUGGUCUAUCACCUAGUCUAAAAUCUGGUCUAUUAACUAGUCUAUCAAUUAGUCUAUCAUCUGUUCUAACAUCUGGUCUAUUAACUAGUCUAUCAUCUGGUCUUUUAGCUCAGACCGCAAAUAAAACUGGAAUAAUGUCAA